AUGAGCCAAUCACCCGGGGUGGACUUUCGAAACAAGCCAAAGGGAAUCCAAGGACCAAAGAACGCCGACAAAAAAAACCACAAUCAACCCAACCCAAGCCAGAAGAUGAUCAACGGACUCGGCAGGAUCAACGAGAACAGCCAGAGCACUAGCCACAAGAACUUCAGCUCCACCCAAACCACAAGCGCGCUCAAAAACUCAUCCUCGGCCACUGCCUCGGGCUCGUCGACUGCUGUCGGGAACGUCGCUGGUACUACUACUACUACUGCUACUAGUACCUCAAAUAACCAAGACCAAGCCGGACCGGAUUUCAAUCCUAACGAUAUCUGUAGCCCUCAUGAACUCAUUGGAUGGGUCGACGAGGUGCUUGAAAAACUCGAGGCAAAGUUCAGUAGAAUCGAAACCGAUGUAAUUGAAAGACAAGAAGCUCCGGCCCAUUUGCGUUCCAAAUAA